AUGACCGACACCGUUGGAAAGACUAUCAAGUGCAAAGCCGCCGUCUGCUGGGGCGCCGGCGAGCCCUUGAAGAUCGAGGAAGUCGAGGUUGCGCCGCCCCAGGCUCAUGAGGUCAGGAUUCGCAUCCUAUAUACCGGCAUCUGCCACACCGAUGAGUACACUCGCAGUGGCAAGGACCCAGAGGGGCUCUUCCCGUGCAUCCUCGGACACGAGGGCGGAGGCAUCGUCGAGUCUGUUGGUGAAGGUGUAACGGACGUCAAGCCUGGAGAUCAUGUCGUACCCCUCUAUACUGCUGAAUGCCGUGAAUGUAAAUUCUGCAAGAGCGGCAAGACCAACCUCUGCGGCAAAGUCCGUGCUACCCAGGGUGCCGGCCUGAUGCCCGACAAGACCGUUCGCUUCAAGUGUAAUGGCAAGGACAUCUACCACUUUAUGGGUACCUCCACGUUCUCCCAAUACACGGUGGUAGCGGACGUCUCUGUAGUCGCGGUCGACCCCAAGGCACCCCUCGACAAAGUCUGUCUGCUUGGUUGCGGCAUCACCACCGCAUGGGGUGCCGUAGUGAAGCAACCCGGUAUCAAGGGCUCCAGCGUCGCCGUCUUCGGGUGCGGUUGCAUUGGCCUCGGCGUCGUCGACACCUCCCGCCUCGUCGGCGCCGCGCGCAUCAUCGCCGUCGACACCAACCCGAACAAGGAGGCCUGGGCGCGCAAGUUCGGUGCGACGGACUUUGUCAACCCCGCGAAGCUGCCCGAGGGCAAGCGCAUCCAGGACUACCUGAUAGAGAUCACCGACGGUGGGCUUGACUACACGUUCGACUGCACUGGCAACGUGCACGUCAUGCGCGCGGCCCUCGAGGCGUGCCACAAGGGAUGGGGUGUCUCUACCAUCAUCGGUGUCGCAGCUGCUGGUCAGGAGAUCUCUACCCGGCCAUUCCAAUUGGUCACCGGUCGUACCUGGCGUGGCUCUGCCUUCGGUGGUGUCAAGGGCAGGACUGAGCUCCCCAAUCUCGUCGCUGACUACACGAACGGCAAGAUCAAGAUCGACGAGUACAUCACGCACAGGAGGAAGUUCUCUGAGAUCAAUGAGGGCUUCCACGAUAUGCAUUCCGGCGAGUGCAUCCGUUGCGUCGUAGACAUGAAUGAACUAUGA